AUGCAAGACCGCUACAACAUUGAUGUGGACCGCCUUCCAGCUGUCAAUAUUGAAGUUGAUUCGAAGACACGAGUUGGAUACGCUGUAACGCUAAUGCGUCGCAGUGUACUAAAUCACUAUGCCUUUGCUCAGUACUUCGAAGGAGCGCUAGACAGUGAGACGGCUGUAUGGUCAAGCAUUUCCAAGGAUGAUUGGACGCUUAUUACCGAGAUGGAAGGGCUGACUAACCAAAUCGCACAGUUUAGUCUGGGCGAAGUGCAAAAGCAGGGCGUGGCAAGCUUACGUCUUACUUUUUCGCAAAAUCCGAAUCAGCUGGUACGGGACGGUAACGGCGUGUUUGAAGCUGCAGACCCUACGGCGGCAGGCAUAAAUCCGAUGGCUGCUGGACAACGUAUCGAAACGCUCCACCGUAUAUACCCACUGCAUUGGGCUGACUGGGCGACCACCAAGAUGGGAACGCUCACUUCUUUUGUGGCGAUGGAUGGGAUCGCCCGUGCUUUUGGCUGGGUGUGGGUCGAGUUUGGAUGGACGACCAAAGAAAGGUCGCGUUUCAAGGUGUCCGCGAGGGUAGUGAAAGUGGUGAUGUGGAUGACCGAGAAUCCCUUAACCGUCGCGCUGACGAUUGAGCUAGACGGAGUAAGCUCCAGCGUGAAAGGCGUGCUCGCCAUCGGGUGCUCGAUCGGCGGCAGCGGCCACGCGUGGCUUCUUCCGGUGAUGCCCGCUCCAGACCAAAUGCAAGACAGCGAGAGCGAAAAACUCGACAGAACGAGCACCGACUGGAUUCGGGGUCUGAAUUAA